GUUAAGCAAAAGCUGGCAGGCUGACAAACAGGCAGCUAACAGGACGGACUCUCUGGCUACUGACCAUUUAGCUGUGGCAUACCCGGACUGUGUGUGGGUGGGAAAUCGACAAUGAGCUCUGUGGCAGUUUUGACCCAGGAGAGCUUCGCUGAACACCGCAGCGGCCUGGCUCAGCAGCAAGUGAAAGUUGCAGCUUUGAAUUCUGAAGAGGAGAAUGACCCUCCAACUUACAAGGAUGCCUUUCCUCCCCUCCCUGAGAAAGCCACAUGUCUGGAACCUGCUCAGGAACCAGCUGGUGCCUGGAGCAAAAUUCGACCAAUCAAGGCUUCUGUCAUCACUCAGGUGUUUCAUGUACCACUGGAAGAGAGGAAAUACAAGGACAUGAACCAGUUUGGAGAAGGAGAGCAGGCCAAGAUCUGCCUGGACAUCAUGCAGAAGACUGGGGCUCACCUGGAGCUCUCUCUAGCGAAGGACCAGGGCCUUUCAAUCAUGGUCUCUGGCAAGCUGGAAGCUGUCAUGAAGGCUCGGAAGGAAAUUGUCGCUCGGCUUCAGACCCAGGCUUCAGCGACAGUUGCCAUUCCCAAGGAGCAUCACCGCUUUGUCAUUGGCAAGAGUGGGGAGAAGCUGCAGGACCUGGAGCUCAAAACUGCAACCAAAAUCCAGAUCCCCCGCCCGGAAGACUCCAGCAACCAGAUCAAGAUCACUGGCACCAAGGAAGGGAUUGAGAAGGCCCGACACGAGAUCCUGCUGAUCUCCGCUGAGCAGGAUAAGCGUGCCGUGGAGAGGCUGGAUGUGGACAAAGUGUACCACCCCUUCAUCGCUGGCCCCUUCAACAAGCUGGUGAGCGAGAUCAUGCAGGAGACAGGGACACGCAUCAACAUCCCACCACCCAGCGUCAACAAGACCGAGAUAGUCUUCACAGGUGAAAAGGAACAGCUGGCCCAAGCAGUAGCUCGUAUUAAGAAGAUCUAUGAGGAGAAGAAAAAGAAGACUACAACCAUCGCAGUGGAGGUGAAAAAGUCCCAGCACAAAUAUGUCAUCGGCCCCAAGGGGAAUUCCCUGCAGGAGAUCCUGGAGAAAACGGGCGUCUCUGUCGAGAUCCCACCCACUGACAGCAGCUCUGAGACGGUGAUACUGCGUGGCGAGCCUGAGAAGCUUGGGCAGGCGCUGACCGAAGUCUAUGCAAAGGCAAACAGCUUCACCGUCUCCUCCGUCUCUGCCCCCUCUUGGCUUCAUCGUUUCAUCAUUGGAAAGAAAGGACAAAAUCUGGCCAAAAUCACUCAGCAAAUGCCAAAGGUUCACAUCGAGUUCACUGAAGGGGAGGACAAAAUCACCCUUGAGGGUCCCACAGAGGACGUGAAUGUGGCUCAGGAGCAGAUCGAGGUCAUGGUCAAAGAUCUGAUCAACCGGAUGGAUUAUGCAGAGAUCACUGUGGAACACACUUACCACCGUGCUUUGGUUGCUAGCGGAGGAGCGAGCUUUAACCGGAUCAAGGACCAGUACAAAGUAUCUGUGCGCAUCCCCCCGGACAACGAGAAGAGCAAUUUGAUCAGAAUUGAAGGAGACCCUCAAGGUGUCCAACAAGCCAAGAAAGAGCUGCUGGAACUUGCCUCCCGAAUGGAAAACGAACGCACCAAGGACCUAAUUAUUGAGCAGAGAUUCCACCGAACCAUUAUUGGGCAGAAGGGCGAACGCAUCCGGGAAAUCAGAGAUAAGUUCCCAGAGGUUAUCAUCAACUUCCCAGACCCAGCCCAUAAGAGCGACAUUGUCCAGCUUCGAGGACCCAAGAACGAGGUGGAGAAAUGCACCAAGUACAUGCAGAAGAUGGUGGCAGAUCUGGUUGAAAACAGCUUUUCUAUUUCUGUCCCUAUCUUCAAACAAUUCCAUAAGAACAUCAUUGGGAAAGGAGGUGCUAACAUCAAAAAGAUCCGCGAGGAAAGCAACACCAAGAUUGAUCUCCCGGCGGAGAACAGCAACUCGGAGACCAUCAUCAUCACUGGCAAGAGGGCCAACUGCGAAGCUGCUCGCCACCGGAUUCUCUCCAUCCAAAAAGAGCUGGCCGACAUCACUGAGGUGGAGGUCUCCAUCCCCUCCAAGCUGCACAACUCCCUCAUUGGUGCCAAAGGUCGCUUCAUCCGCUCCAUCAUGGAAGAGUGUGGUGGGGUCCACAUCCACUUCCCCACAGAGGGCUCCGGAAGCGAUACUGUCACCAUCAGGGGCCCUGCCCAGGAUGUGGAGAAAGCCAAGAAGCAGCUGCUGCACCUGGCAGAGGAGAAGCAAACCAAGAGUUACACCGUGGACCUUCGUGCCAAGCCUGAGUACCACAAGUUCCUGAUCGGCAAAGGCGGUGGCAAUAUCCGCAAGGUGCGUGACAACACGGGGGCCCGCAUCAUCUUCCCGACCUCCGAGGACAAAGACCAGGAGCUGAUCACCAUCAUGGGGACCGAGGGGGCUGUCAAGGAGGCGCAGAAGGAGUUGGAGGCACUCAUCAAGAACCUGGACAACGUGGUGGAGGACUCCAUGGUGGUGGAUCCCAAGCACCACCGCCACUUUGUUAUCCGGCGAGGGCAGGUGCUCCGGGAGAUUGCGGAUGAGUAUGGGGGUGUGAUGGUCAGUUUCCCUCGCUCUGGCACCCAGAGUGACAAGGUCACCCUCAAAGGAGCAAAGGACUGUGUGGAGGCAGCCAAGAAACGGAUCCAGGAGAUCAUUGAAGACCUGGAAGCUCAGGUGACAGUCGAGUGCACCAUCCCCCAGAAGUUUCACCGCUCUAUCAUGGGCCCCAAAGGUUCCCGAAUUCAGCAGAUCACUCGUGACUAUGGUGUGCAGAUCAAAUUCCCCGACAGGGAGGAGAACCCAGCCCCUGCCGCGGAGCCAGCUGUGCAGGAGAACGGCGAGGAGAGUGGGGAAGGCAAAGACCCCAAGGAGGCGGACCCCACUUCCCCAAGGAAGUGCGACAUCAUCGUCAUCUCCGGCCGCAGAGAGAAGUGUGAGGCUGCUAAGGAGGCGCUGCAGGCGCUGGUUCCUGUCACCACCGAGGUGGAAGUGCCCUUUGACCUUCAUCGUUACAUCAUUGGCCAGAAAGGAAGUGGAAUCCGCAAAAUGAUGGAUGAGUUUGAGGUGAACAUCCAAGUCCCUGCCCCUGAGCUCCGGUCCGAUGUCAUCAGUAUCACUGGGCUUGCUGCCAACCUGGACCGUGCCAAGGCCGGGCUGCUGGAGAGAGUGAAGGAGCUGCAGGCUGAGCAAGAAGAUCGGGCCUUGCGAAGCUUCAAGCUGACCGUCACUGUGGAUCCCAAAUACCACCCGAAAAUCAUUGGCAGGAAGGGGGCCGUGAUCACCCAGAUCCGCACGGAGCAUGAGGUCAACAUCCAGUUUCCAGAUAAGGAUGACGAAAACCAGUCCCAGGAUCAGAUCACCAUCACUGGCUAUGAGAGGAACACGGAGGCAGCCCGAGACGCCAUCAUGAAGAUCGUGGGAGAGCUGGAGCAGAUGGUGUCCGAGGACGUGACGCUGGACCAUCGUGUCCACGCCCGCAUCAUUGGCGCCCGGGGCAAAGCCAUCCGCAGAAUCAUGGAUGAGUUCAAGGUGGGCCGGGGGGGGGAUGUCAGCUCCCUUGCAGGGGCUGCUGCCCCAUGGCUGGGCUGCCUUGGACCACGGCAGACCUGGUCCUUCCUGCCUCUGCGCAGACCCUGGAUGCUGCUGUUUCAGGACAUCUCCCUGCAGGCCUGACUGAGCCCACGAGUU